AUGGCGGCGACCUCGCCGGCGCCGAUGAGGGCUGUCGGCGUCGCCGCCGCGUUUAGCUUAGCCCCUUCACCCUCGAGGCUCGGCUGUAUUUCCACCGUUCCUUCCGGCCGCCUUCGUCGGUGCCGUGCCGCUCACCGGCGGCACCCUCCUCGAUGCCGCGGGAAGCCGACCGUGGGUGGCGUGGUCGAGGAGGACGAGGAGAGGGAGGCUUCACGGGAGGAUUUGAAGCCCGAGAGGAAGGAGGAGGAGGCUGUGGACACGGCGCGCGCUUUACUGGGGUGGUUCAGGCUUGACGAGGUUGGGAUGGACAUCCUUGGCAUCGCCUUGCCCGCUGUGCUCGCCCUCGCCGCCGACCCCAUUACUGCGCUCGUUGAUACUGCCUUCGUCGGCCAUAUCGGCUCGGUUGAACUUGCUGCUGUUGGCGUAUCCAUAUCUGUCUUUAACCUGGUGUCCAAGCUGUUUAAUGUGCCACUGCUUAAUGUUACCACAUCCUUUGUUGCUGAACAGCAAGCAAUCGAUGCAAAUUCUAGCAGUGCAGGACAAAGAGAUGAAGUGCCAAUCACCCGAGAGAAGGCAAGUGAAAAAAGGAAGUUCCUCCCGGCCGUGUCAACCUCCUUGGCUCUGGCUGCUGGCAUUGGGUUGAUGGAAAUGGUGGGACUCAUUGUUGGAUGUGGGACACUGAUGGACAUCGUUGGUAUACCUGUCGAUUCACCGAUGCGAGUGCCGGCAGAGCAAUUUCUUACUUUAAGGGCAUAUGGUGCUCCGCCAGUUGUGGUAGCACUAGCAGCACAAGGUGCAUUUCGUGGAUUCAUGGAUACAAAAACACCUCUGUAUGCUGUGGUUGCUGGCAACCUCGUAAAUGCAAUACUGGAUGCCAUAUUUAUUUUUCCACUUGGUCUAGGAGUAAGUGGUGCUGCAUUGGCAACUGUGACUUCUGAGUACUUGGCAGCGUUUAUCCUCUUAUGGAAGCUGAAUAACGAACUAGUCCUGUUCUCAUGGAACAUCAUUGGUGGUGACAUCAUCCGCUACCUAAAAUCUGGUGCACUGCUAAUUGGCAGAACCAUCGCAGUAAUCCUGCCAUUGUGGCUGUCUACAUCACUGGCUGCAAGGCAAGGGCCUGUUCCAAUGGCUGGCUAUGAGAUAAGCUUGCAAGUCUGGUUAACAAUUUCUCUGCUUAAUGAUGCUCUAGCUCUUGCUGGGCAGGCCCUACUUGCAAGUGAAUAUGCGAAAGGGAACUACAAGCAAGCCCGCACAGUUUUGUACAGAGUUCUGCAGAUUGGAGGCGUAACUGGUGUUGCACUUGCUGGAACCUUGUUCCUUGGGUUCGGAUCUUUGUCCUUGUUGUUUACAGAUGAUCCAGCAGUGCUAGAUAUUGCACGGUCUGGGGUCUGGUUUGUCACUAUUUCCCAGCCGAUAAAUGCUAUUGCUUUUGUGUUUGAUGGGCUCUACUAUGGUGUUUCUGACUUCGCAUAUGCCGCAUACUCCACGCUCUUCGCGGGGGUUGUUUCAUCAGCAUUCCUCCUUGCCGUUGCUCCCAAGUUUGGUCUCGGUGGUGUCUGGGCUGGUCUUAUUCUGUUCAUGGGACUGCGAGCAAUUGCCGGGUUUUGGAGGUUAGGGAGCAAAGGAGGACCUUGGAAAAUAGUUUGGUCAGAGACUGAUUAGUAGACCAAGGAGAUGCAGGUCCAUGCAUAAUUCAAUUAUUUGAUCUCUAACAGUGCAACAUUUUAACCAAUCGUACAAGGAUCAGCAGCAACAAAACUUAAGCUGGAGUCAUCAUGUGUAACACAACACGAGCAGAGGAGCUGUCUGAGCCAGGUAGGUAGGUGUUCCAUCUUGCGUUGCCUGCUGCGGAAUGUUGUUACAGCCUUGGGAUGCACAAGAAAGCUGGAGAAUCUAAUAAAAUGUGCAAGCAAGGUUUAUACAAAUAAAAAGCCCCCAUGUAUUUUCUUUUUUCCUUUGUGGGAGAUUCACCAUGUAGGACUGAAAAUGUCGAGCUUUCUGCGAUUUUUUACAAAUGCACGCAUAAUGCCAUGUUAUGCAUUCAUGAUGCUCUUAUGUAUAGAUUUUUGCCACUUCUGAAGGCAUAAAGUAUUGGGACGUGUAGAUAUGAUAUUACUAGUAAUGAUUAUGAGCAAAA